CGUGGACACGGAACAUUCCUGCGUAGGCGAGGUGCGACGGGGACUUACCCGAGCAGCAGGUUGGUUCGUGACAAAAUAAAGGUCGGACUUGUUAAUGUGAAUGAUACAGUUAGGCCGCUCCAGCUGCACUUUGGCCGCAGGUGCACCGGACCGGGCAUCUGACGGGACAUGGACUACGUGAACGAGACGCUGUGACGGACUGAGCUCACUUUAAGAGAAUUGCGUGGCUAACGCUGAGAUGUGGGUGGUUUGACGUCAGGUGUGUUUGGGCCAUGGCGGGCUACUGGGACCUUUGGCGGCGCACCUGCAUGUGCUGCCUCUCAGAGGAGGAGCAGAGGUCCAUCACCGUGGACAAGGAGAUCAAGCGCCAACUCAAGGUUCAGAAGCGGAAGGAGCAGCGGCAGGUCAAAAUCCUCUUGUUGGGAACUGGCGAGAGUGGAAAAACAACCUUCAUCCGCCAGAUGAGGAUCAUCCACGGACGGGGCUUCUCGGAGGAGGACAGGAAAGAAUUCACUAAAUGCAUCUUCCAGAACAUCUUCACGGCCAUCAAGGCCAUGACAGGAGCCAUGACCACGCUCAAGAUUCCCUACUCAAACCCAGAGAACGAGUUCUACGCCAGUAAGAUCGAGAACAUCAACACGGCGCACAUCACCAAGUUGGAGCGAGACCACGUGGACGCCAUCCGCCGCCUCUGGGCCGAUUCCGGCAUGCAGGUCUGCUACAGCCGACGACGCGAGUACCAGCUGCUGGACUCCACCGAGUACUACAUGAGCCAACUGGAUCGCAUCGCAGAGCCAGACUACAUCCCCACAGAACAGGACGUGCUGAGAGUCCGAUUCCCCACCACGGGCAUCCAUGACUAUUCCUUUACCAUCAAUAAAAUCACGCUCAGGAUCGUGGACGUGGGCGGUCAGAAGUCAGAGCGUCGGAAAUGGAUCCACUGCUUCGAGAACGUCACCUCGCUCAUCUUCCUGGCCUCCCUCAGCGAGUACGACCUGGUCCUGGAGGAGAGGGACACCAUUAACCGCAUGCAGGAGAGCCUGGCUUUGUUCUACACCACCAUCCAUUCGCCGUGGUUCCACAGGACCUCCAUCAUACUCUUCCUCAACAAAACUGACAUCCUGGCCGACAAAAUCCUAUCCUCGGACCUGAAGAAAUACUUCCCCGGUUUCAUGGGUAGGAGACAGGACGCGGAGGAUGCCAAAAAAUACAUCCAAAAGCUGUACCAGGAGCAGACCAACAACCCGGAAAACAGGGAGGGGGGGAGGAGCCUCUACCCGCACCACACCUGCGCCACAGACACGGACAACAUCCGCAAGGUGUUCAGCGACAUUAAGGACACGGUGCUGCUCUCGUCUCUGCGGGAGUAUGGCAUCUUCUGAACUUGAAAACAGCCCGAUGGACGAUUGUUCAUAAGAUGAAGAUGUACGGUGGUAAUGAAGGCCAGCUUUUCAUUGAGCACAUGAAGGAUUGGGGUUGUUUUCAUUAGAAAGUUCUUUCAGGUAGCCCAAAUUGUAAUUAUUGUACGAAAUCCUACGAAACUAACUUGAUGCUUAACGCUUUGCACAACGUUUUAAAUAGGGUGCACAACUACUAUACUCCUUGUUUAUUGAUAUACUGUACCAUUUAAGUACCAAAAUCGCUCUGGCAUACGUGGUGACAUUGUCCUUUUCUACUGUACAUCAACAUUUGCUAUGAAAGUUCACACCCAGGAAUCAGAGCUUUUCGGUGUUAAAAGGUUUACGAAGCAGCAGAUGCAAAUUCGUGUUAUUCGAACAACACAAUCAGUACCAUCGGAAAUAAUUGAAAAUAAAGAAUCAGUUCCGGGCAUAUAAA